AUGAUUGCAAAGUACACUAUUGAAGAUGCUAGAAAACAAAAGUUCAUGGUUGGCAAUCUUGAUCGUUGGAGGAUGGAGGAUAACAAAGAUAUCAAGGUUCAGAUUAAUGAGUAUCUCAAACUCAAUGAAGCUCUCAAGGCAGAGAGCAUCUUCCUACCAGAAAAUGUUUUGACUAGACUAUUAGUUGAAACGCUUCCUGAAUCGUGGAAAGAAUAUAAGAGUCACCUAAAGCACAAGCAUAAGCAGCUGUCCCUUGCAAAUCUGAUUACUCACAUCAUUAUUGAAUAUGCUAACUGGAAGGAACUCCAAGUUACCAAAGCGAGAGAAAUGGCAGCAAAGGCGAAUUCGUGUAGAAAAAGAGUGAGAAAUGACAAUUUUCCUAAACCAAAUGCAAAUUUGGUAGAAGGAGAUGAUAUUAUUGUUGCAGUCUUUUCUGAAGCUUAUCUUGUAGCCAAUGUGAAAGAAUGGGUGGUAGACUCUGGGGAUGGAAAAGAACAUGUGUAUCUUGGUGGUUCUCGAACUGCUCAAGUUCUUGGUAAAGGAGAAGUUAUUCUUAAACUCACAUUUGGCAAGACUUUGGAUCUAAAUGAUGUACUUAAACAAAAGUCUGAUUCCUUGGUUGCUUUUAUACAGUUUAAAAAUCUUGUUGAAAAUCAAUUUGAGAGGAAAAUUAAACAGUUAAGAACUGAUUGGGGUGAUGAGUUUCAAUCAUUCACUCAAUUAGUCAAUGAACACAGCAAAACGAUGUUGAAAAUUAAUUUGAGAGGAAAAUUAAGCAGUUAA